CAUUCUUCAAUCGUGAGCAGGACGAGGUUCAAUUUGCAACCAGCGGCGAAUAGUGUAAAGUAUUUAAGCUUCCUGGGUGAAAGAAGAAAGAAAAAGAGAAAAAAUGAUGAUAAAAAUAGCAGCACUGAUGGCCAUCGUGGCCAUGGCACGGGAUGUCAGUGCCGACGUGACGGCGGUUCCAUGUACCUCGAACACUACCUCGUCGAUGAAAAAUGCCGUCAGCGGUACAAUGAAAAACUGUGAAAGUGGUCUUCUCGGUGUUAAGGGCCUGAAUUCGUUGCUGGCGGUCGAUGUAAACUUGAACCUAAAUGCACUGGUCGGACCGCUUUUGAAUAACCUGGUUGCGGAGUUGACGCCGUUACUGUCCUCGGUCCUAAUCGACGUCGUCGAACUCUUGAACACGGUCCUGACCGCCGUCGUUCAGAUCGUCAAUGCGGUGAUAGAACUGCUCGACGGUCUGCUUUCGAGCAACGAGUUCAAUUCGCAGACAAACAGCGCAGUCUCAAACGCGACUAGCCAAGUUCAAUCCAUGUGCGGCUGUAGUUCGACCGACUCUUCGACCGACUCUUCGACCGGCUCUUCGACCGGCUCGCUUCUUACGGUCGUAGUGAAUGUCUUGGACGGUUUACUCGGGGUAGUUGCGAAUAUAAAUUUAUAGAGUCGAAUACCUAGAUACACGUUUGCAGACAAAUUAUCUGCACACUGCGGAUACGGCGAAUGGUACGAUGAUGAUAGUAAUAUAAAGCAUUAUCAAAGUGUGAAAUGUUGUAGUAAAAUUUGUUGCCAUAAAGAAAUUAAAAAAUAAUGCCAACCAUAAAGCAAAUCGCAAUUGAAUCGGCAAAUACGUACAAUGCAUAUAUUGUUCAUAUUUUUUCCUUGUACGAUUAAUAAACGAAUAAAUAAUCCCUGGACAAUGCAA